AUGAAGCUUUCCGUCCUGGUCACUGCGGCCGCCGGCCUCAUCUCCUCAACGGCCGCACUGGGCAUCAACUGCCGCGGCUCUGGCUUCUGUUCCCUUGGUGCGUCCGGCAAUCUGAUCAACCUCAAGGCCCUCGUCGAUGAGAUCUCGCCCCGGAACAGGCACUACAGCACCGGCGAGCAGAUUGCCUGCUCGGGCGAUAUCUGCGCCUUCUUCCAGAAGGGCGCCAGCGGCUCGGCCGAGGAGGCGUCCGCCCUGCUGCAGAAGCUGCGCAACCAUGGCUGCAAGAAGUGCGGCUCUGUGCCGACGGGCAGCGGCAACAACGUCGACAACGGCGAGCUGACUGUCAACUACGUCAGCUCGCCGUGCUCGGGCAUCUGUUGA